AGUAUUUCCCGAAGAUUUAAAUCUACUCUAUCUUGAUAAUGGCUGGUUCCCUAAAACCCUUUCUCCUACUUGUAUCUUUUAUGAUGACGGCCGCAAUCGAAUGCCCCUUUGAACCCCUGGAUGACAACUAUGGCUCUGUUAGUGAGCCUGCAUACACGAUAGAAGAACUAGAAGAAAACAUGGAAAAGGUGUUUGAACAAAAGAGCACUUCUUGCACACCCACAGAGAGAAUUUUCCGUUCCUACUCCUCUGGAGCUGUCCUCUCUAGUGACGUAACCAAAGCAGCUGGAAAACAUUGCGCCUUUCCGAGCGAAUGUAAGCUCUCUAAACUUGGGAGCAGUCUUCAAGCAGCAACCUGCACCGAACUGCUGAGGAUCAGAGAUGAAAUAACCAGCGGUGGAUACACGGCCACAUGCCGUCACGAUCUUACCAACUGGAAUGUGAACCCUCCAGAAAAACAAGGUUGUGGUGCUGAUGGAGUAUGUACUGAUCCUGAUUACAGCAUCUUUCUUCAGAGGAGACUUUCUCCAGCAGGCCUACGCCGAUCUAGCGUUCAAGGACAAUCUCUUCUAAAAGCUGGAGUACAAAUAGACAGCCUGGUAUCCUCCUCUUACGAGCGUGCUAAGAAUUCUGCUAAGCAAGUAGGAUACUGGUAUGGGAUCACUGAGGUUAAAGAGGAUCCACUUCCUUUGGACAACGGUAUACACGGCGCCAAGGAUUACGAGCAGAAAGCUGGAUAUGAACCAAAGACUGAUUCUGAUCGGGGUUCAGAUAUCAAGAAAAUCAUGCGAGUUCGUAUGAGGAAUUGGCUACAACAAAAUUGGGAACAGGUGACUGAAGGAGGGGUAAGGUUUUCUUAUAGUCAUGGAGGUACAAUGGAAAAUGCUUUCGGACACUCAUUUGACGAAGGUGACUGUGCUUGGUCGAAACCAACAGACAAUACAUACGAUCUGAACGAGCCCUUGAAUGUGGUUCUAAGCAACAAAGAAUUUCCAAAUGAGAUGGAAGUUGGAACAAAGAAGAUUGACUUGUUUGCGGUGCUGAGCCCAGAGCAAACACAGAAGAUGGCCCAGUGCACCGAACUGAGAAAUGACUAUAAAAAUAAUGAUAAUAUUUUAUCAAUAUUAUCAUCAAUUUUAUCAUCAGAUACUACGAUUCUAUCAGCUGACAAGAAUGUGGACCUUGAAAUAACAGAAGAUGAAUUCACCAAAUUCUGUGAAAAUUCGGUGGAUACUUCAAGAGCAUGCUCUAAUCUAUGGGGGACUAUCCUUUCGCUGCAAGCAAAGCCGUACUGGCAGAAAAACACAGUUUCCACUAGCUUUUUCAUCGGAGAGCAUGCUUACUUUAACGGAGGGUGGUCUGAAAAAAAGCACAGUGCAGGGGGCUGGCAGUUUCCUUAUCGUGGGACAACACUGGACACAAUCAGACCCACAGUUUCAGAAAUGAAACAAAUCCUAGCCCCUUUGGACGAGCUGAUAAGAGCUGAUCUUGAUGAUAAAGAAAUUAAAGCAGUUGUAGACUGUAUCCCACAAGAAAGUACAAUCCAACAGUUUAGCGGUUGUGCUUCCUCUUUGCUAUCCUACAAGCCUGUACCAACCAACUCUCGACCUGAAGAUGACAUACAUCUGACUGAUGAAUACCCCAUUCAAGACAGAAAUACCCCUACCCGACCACAAUAACCAUCACCCCUGUCUCUAACCCUCUGAUGAAACUAGCCAUGUGUUUGGUGGAGAAGAAACACAUCACAGCAGAGAAGAUGUCCCAGCUGAUGGGUUGUGAAUUAUCUGGGUCAGCAAAGGAGGGUGCAUCUUGCACACCCAAUGAAAAUGGAUACAACCCUAGCUCCGGUUAUUGUCACCAGUUCGUCUUUAUGGUGGUGCUGACAGUGAUCUAUAACAUUUUUUGAGAGCGGAAUAGUCGGAAACUUACUCGUAUUCAGUAGACGACCUUUUUCUUUAGAGUAGACUUAUCGUAUACCUUAGUUCAUUUACUUAUGGCGGGUUAAAUUUGGCGGUGUUUCAGAAAUUCCGCCAUAAUUUUACCCGUCAUUAUUUUUACCCGCCAUAAUAAAACCUGCCGAGUCAAUUUUUGGAGUUCUGACAGGGUAUAUGACAUAAUAGUUUUAUCGUUUCUUUAUUACAGUAACCCUAGUGGAGACAGCUUGUUACAGCCCUUCUACCUUGGAGACAACUCAAGCCUCUCAUCCCUAGUGACAUGUCCUCCUUUGUCGAGUAUUACGAGUACACCUGGGUUGGGUCCUCCUACCGAAAUCUUACUUUCGCACACAUCAGAUGGAAUCAACACGAUGCUACAGCCCUUCUCCUUCCACGAUCCAGCAACAUAACAGAGGGAUGGCACCACGGUUUCAAAAGUAUGCUGUCCUGUUCUAACCCAUCUAUCUGGAAGUUCCUGGGGUUUCUGAGGAAAGGGCAGGGUCUGAUUGAAGUGAAGAUGACGAAGAUGAUGAGAAGAAGCUGAGCCAAGACUUGCUUAAUGGAGGAGAUAAGAUGAAAGACUCCAGAGGAUCAAUACCAGCUUCCAUGAUUACUCAGCAGUGACAGAUUACCUCAGUUGUAUAUUGUCGAGACCAUAUUACACUAACAGUAUAUUAACAAGUGAAAGGCUUAACUGAGGUCCACAAACUUUAGAUUGUGCAUUGGCGACUUAUGGCGACUUAUGUCGAGAUACAGUGUACUAUUUUGUGGAUCAAAUGGCGAUAUAACGUGCGUGUCGAGAUACGGCUGACCGACAAUAUAUCAUUUCUGUACUCAUUAAUCAGAAUACAAACCUUGGUCUAUUAGUUUUUAUGGUUAUUUUUGUGAAUAUACCCUAUUUAAAUGUGUGAAUAUAAGUAAGUACAAGUAAAUAAGUUAC